AUGGCAUCUUUAGCAAUUAGGGUGAAGAGUAAAAACGGUCAGCAGUUAUUAAAAGACUUGACCUCUGAUAGCACUGUGGGUGAACUAAAAAUGUUUCUUUCAAGCAUUACGGAUGUGAGUUGUGAAAAUAUAAGCGUUUUAUUAGGAUAUCCCCCGAAACCCUUAGACAUUAGCGAUAACGAAAAGAAACUUAGUGAGAUCGGUUUGAAAACUGGAGAGACGUUAAUUAUUGAAGAAAAAAUUGCGGCCGCUAAAGAGAGUGCCAGCCAAACACAUAGUGAUAGAACAGUAGAGAAUGGGGUUGCGCCACAAGAACCAGUAGGGCCCUGUAGACCCGGAAUUCUCAUGAAAAAAGUGGUUCCUUCAGACAAUUCUUGCCUUUUCACUAGUAUAGGUUUUGUUUUGAAUGGAAAUAUUGAUACAACAGUUCACACACUUAUGCGUCAGAUAAUUGCAAUGGAAGUUGCUAGUGACCAUGAAACAUAUAAUGAAGCUAUGCUUGGAAAACCUAACGCCGAAUAUUGUGCUUGGAUACAACAGCCAAGCUCAUGGGGAGGUGCCAUAGAGGUAGCAAUUUUGUCUCGAUUUUAUGGACUAGAAAUGGCAGUUGUAGACACAUUAAACGCAAUUAUAAAUAGAUUUGGGGAAGAUAAAAAUUAUGGACAAAGAGUAUUUCUACUUUUUGAUGGAGUCCACUAUGAUCCCCUGUAUUUGGAACAAUCUGAUGGUGGCCUACAGACAGUCUUCCCUGCUGAGGACAUGGAUAUAUAUAAGGAAGCAGAACAACUUGCCAAAGAAGCCAAAUCCUCAAGACAGUUUACAGAUUUAAAUAAGUUUACUCUUAAGUGUAUGAUUUGUGACCAGCUCCUUACGGGUCAAGUGGAGGCGCAGAAGCAUGCUAAGGAAACACUGCACACGAAAUUUGGGGAAGUCUAG